AUGAUGAUGACUGGAAGCCAUUGUUAUUGCUUUCUUGGUAUUAUCACCUUUUAUUUCUGUUUCUUAAUCCAUACUCUUGCUUCUCCUAAGCUCCACUUUUGCCGCCCCCACCAAAGGGAUGCUCUUUUGGAAUUCAAAGACGAGUUUCCAACUGCUGAUUCAAGCUUAAGUUCGUGGAACAAAAGCAGUGAUUGCUGUCUUUGGAAGGGUGUCACAUGUGCUGAUAAAUCGGGUCAGGUGAUAUCACUCGACAUUCCUGACACUUCUCUCAACUCCUCUUUAAAAACUAGCAGUAGCCUGUUCAAACUCCAAUAUCUCCUUCACCUAAACCUUAUGGAUUGUAACCUACAAGGAGAGAUUCCUUCUUCACUAGGAAAGCUUUCUCGGCUCACACUUCUUGAUCUUGAUUAUAAUGACUUGGUAGGUGAGAUUCCUUCUUCAUUAGGAAACCUUUCUAGCCUCGCAUUUCUUGACCUCUCAUAUAAUAAAUUGGUAGGGGAGAUCCCAGAUUCAAUAGGCAAUUUAAUCCAGCUAACAUACCUUAGCCUUGGGUUUAAUGGCCUCACAGGAGAGAUUCCAUAUUCACUAGGGAAUCUCUCUCGUCUCUCAAAUCUCAAACUCGAGUCCAAUCAUUUUACUGGUGAAGUUCCAUCUUCCAUUGGAAACCUCAGUGAACUAAGACUCAUGUGGCUUGGUGGAAAUAUAUUAAGUGGAAACUUUCCUAUCUCAUUUGCUAAUUUAAAAAAGCUUUCUGAUCUUAGUCUCUAUUCUAAUAACUUCUCAUCCACGCUUCCAUCUAACAUGACUGGACUCCACAGCUUAAAGUAUUUUGAUGUCACCACGAACUCAUUUUCCGGGCCUUUCCCUAAGUCCUUGUUCUCAAUUCCUUCGUUGGAAACUGUUUUCCUGGCUGAAAACCAAUUCACAGGACCUGUAGAGUUUGCGGAUACAUCUUCAUCAUCUAAGCUUCAGUCAAUAUACCUAGGUGGUAAUAGAUUUGAAGGCCCAAUCCCAGAAUCCAUAUCCAAGUUUCUCAACCUCGAAGAGUUACAUCUUCAACACAACAACUUCGGUGGCCCGAUCCCUAGUUCUAUCUCAAAGAUAGCCAACCUCCAUUAUCUUGAUAUUUCCAACAACAUGUUGGAAGGUGAAGUACCAGGUUGGUUAUGGAGAUUGGCGACUGUGAUGCUUUCUCACAAUUAUUUCAGCAGCUUUGAAAACUCUUCACAAGAUACAGUGAUCCAGCAGUUGGAUCUAAAUUCAAACUCGUUCCGAGGACCAUUUCCCCAUUGGAUCUGUAAUCUUAGGUGGUUACGCCUUUUAGAUUUGUCCAACAAUCUCUUCGACGGCUCGAUUCCUCCAUGUUUAAAGAAUCUCACUGGCUCUAUUACUGAGCUAAUUCUGGAGAACAACAACUUCAGUGGAAAUCUUCCAGAUGUAUUUACCAAUGCUACUAACUUACGGUCCCUCGAAAUUAGUCGCAACCAGCUUGAGGGAAAGCUUCCAAAGUCCUUGAUCAACUGCAAAGCUCUAAAACUUGUGAAUGUGGAAAGCAACGGAAUUAGUGACGAGUUUCCAUCUUGGUUGGGAUCUUUGCCGUCCUUACAUGUUCUAAUCCUGAGAUCAAACCACUUUUAUGGGCCGUUGUAUCGCCGCCACUUGUCUGUUGGGUUUCAGAGUCUAAGAGUCAUCGAUAUUUCACAUAAUGACUUCAAUGGAACUAUCCCACCUAACUAUUUUUCUAACUGGCGCGAGAUGACCACAGUGACCGAAGAAAUGAAUGAGGACAUGGUUGAUUCGAAUUAUUCCACCACUUAUUUUCACUCCAUGGAAAUGGUGCUUAAAGGAGUAGAUACAAGUUUUGAGCGGAUUGAAAAAGACUUCAGAGCUAUUGACUUUUCUGGAAACAAGAUCUCUGGUAAAAUCCCUGAAUCCAUUGGUCUCUUGAAGGAAUUGCGUCUUCUCAACUUUUCAGGUAACAUGUUCACAAGCGAAAUCCCACGAGUCUUUACAAAUUUGACAAAUCUCGAGGCAUUGGACCUCUCGCAUAAUAAACUGUCUGGUCAGAUCCCUCAAGAUCUUGGCAACCUCACCUUUCUUUCAUACAUGAACUUCUCUCAUAACCUUCUCCAAGGUCCAGUGCCCCGAGGCACACAGUUUCAGAGACAGAAAUGUUCUUCAUUCCUCGACAACCCCAAACUCUUCGGUCUCGAAGAAAUCUGUGGAGAGCCCCAUAUUCUGUAUCCUCCAUCAAAACAAACCGAGGAACAGUCAGAGUCAGACGAACCAAUGUUCAGCUGGAUUGCUGCUUCAGUUGCCUAUGUACCUGGUGUCUUUUGUGGAUUGGUGAUCGGUUAUAUCUUCAUUUCACAUAAUCAUGGGUGGUUCACUGAAAAGUUUGGUUGA